AUGGUAGAGAACGAACCGGAUCGUGUUUGUCCUCUCGCCUGUACCGGCUCCCCCUCGAACCGCAGAGGGGUGUGCUCGUGUCUCGGCUGUCGUCCGCUGUACCGCUCCACCGGCUUCAGGUCCUUUGGGCAGAUGCUCAUUUCGGCAUUGCUCAACUCGACUCGGCUCAAUUCAAACCGACUCGGCUCGACUCAUUUCAGCUCAGCUUUGCUCAACUCAAUUCAAUUCAACUCAACUCAACUCAACUCAACUCAACUCAACUCAACUCAACUCAACUCA